UUCCGGCUGGUUGUUUAUUCUGUGACGCGCCGCGGCGGUUCGGUUGGUUCCGGAGGUUCUGCCGGUGUUCGUGUUCCGCGAUGGCGGCGCUUCACCCCGGGGAUCCGCAGCUGGUGUCGGCGAUCGUCAAUCACCUGAAGACGGAGGGUCUGUUCGAUCAGCUCCGCAGAGACUGUCUGGCGGACGUGGAUACAAAGCCGGCGUAUUUGCACUUACGACAGCGAGUCGACAACUUUGUGUCCAACCAUCUGGCAAACCACACAUGGAGCCCACAGCUGAACAAGAACCAGCUGAGAAACAGCAUCCGACAGCUGGUCCUGCAGUCCGGGAUGCUGGAGCAGGGAGUGGACAGGAUCGUGACUCAGGUCGUCGAUCCAAAGGUCCAUCACACCUUUCGGCCGCAGGUGGAGCGCGUCGUCCGGAAGUUUCUGUCUCCAAACGGCCACAUGGAGGAGGACGAACUUCCUCCUGUAGCUCCGCCCCUUCCUGCAGAAAGCCAGGAAGCUGAACUGCUGACCGCAGACCACGGAAAUGAUGCCGCUGGGAGCUCCGGCGCUGAUGUCCAGAUCCCAGAGACCAGCGGCACUGACCACGAUCACAGAGAGGAGGAGAUGGACAUCAGCCUCACCGAGGAGGAGCCGCUCGCCGCGGAGACGAAGGAGGAGCCGGAGGAGGAGCAGCCUGGGAAAGAGGAAGAGGAGGAGAGGAGUGCAGAGACGGAGGUGGAGAUGGAGGAGGUGAAGGACGAGGGAGACGCGGGGAACAGCAGUAAAUCCUCAGGGAAGAUCCGAGAGGAGAACCGCGACUCUGACUCCCAGAAACCCUCCAGCGUCAAACAGAAGACCAGAGAGCGACUGAGAGAAGAGUACUCGCUGGAGGACUCUGAUCUGGAGGGUCUCAGCGACAUCACCGUCAGCUCGGUCCACACCAGCGAUCUGUCCUCGUUCGAGGGAGACAGCGAAGAGGACGAGCCUCCGUCUGAGUCCAGCGAGGAGGGAGAGCUCAGCUCUGAGGCUGAGGGAGGGCAGAAGACGCCGGCCGCUGAAGACUCGGAGGGCAGUCGGGAGAAGAAGCCUCGAGGCGUGAGACAGGGAUACGUUCACAAACCCUUCCUGUACUCGCGCUACUACAGCGACUCCGAUGACGAGGUGACGGUGGAGCAGCGCAGACGCUCGGUGGCCAAAGACAAAGAGGAGCGUCUGUUGAAGCGGCAGCAGAACCGUGAGCGAAUGGAGGAGAAACGCAGACUGAGAGCAGCUCAUAACGAGACUGGAGAGCUAAAAGAGGAUGAGAGGAAGAAAAGUGAUACUGAAGGUGAUUCAGUCAAUAAAGAUGUGAAGCCCGCGGGUCUGAAGGCAGUGCGACGGCCGUCUGAUCUGGAGGAGCAGCGCAGGAAGAAGACAGACAGCGAGGAGAAACUCCCUGACAAAAACCGCAUUCAUUCCUUCAUCCUGGACCUGGAGCUGGGAACAGAGGAACGCCGGAAAACCAUUCGGAAAGACUCGCUUUCCAAAGAAAAAGAGCGCAAAGAGAAGGAGAAGGAGCGUGGCGUCCCUGACGAACGGCUCAAGCACAAACUCAAGACGGAGAGCAGGAAGAGCGGAGACGCCGCGGCCGACGAGAAAGACGGAGGGACUGCGAAAGGAGCAGCUGACGAGAAGAAGGGGUCAAAGUUCAAGCCAGACAGGAAGAGUUCCGUGUCUUCCCGAGAAGGCAAGACGAGUGUGUCUGAAGCUGCGGAUGAAGGGAACCUGAAGAAAGGAAAGACGGCUGUGAACGAGAAGGAGAAACCGAAGCUGCUCCGGCGUCUGGACUCCACCGGCUCCUCAGAGGAGAGGUCAGAGGUCGAGACGGGUUCAGAGGUCAGCCGGAAGAAAGACAAGCAGCCUAAAGAGAUUCCCAAGAAGUCAAAGAGUCACCCGGAGGCUAAAGCGGGAGAGAAGCCCAAGAUGCGGAUGGAUAGAAAGGAUUCGUCUGCGGACAAGCCUCAUCUGCAGAAAUCCGGCUCGGAAACCGAAGGACCGAAGGUCAAAUCCCUAACGGAGAAACACAAGUCUAAAUCCCAGAACCCCAAAUCAGAGAAAAAAAUCGAAGCCAAGACUAAACCAGGAACUGCAGAACAGAAAAAAGACGACAAGAAAACCUCAGAGGAGAAAACUAAGGACGCAAAGGUGAAGAAAACGAGUGAGAAGAAGGUGCAGAAAGAUUCAGACAGGAAGUUGGGAGGGAAGGAGAACCCGCCGGAAACCGUCUCCAGUACCACACCUUUACCUGACGACCCUUACGCCGCCCUGAGCGACGUCACUCCCGAAUCCGAGGAUGAGGAGGCGGAGCUAACAGAGCCCCGCCCACUGUCUGCAGAAGCCGACGCCCUCUUGAGCCUGAUGGACGUCCGCACCUCACAGCAAGAAACGGAGGCCGAUCGGAAGAUGAAGGAAGCGGCGCUAGCGCUGCUCUCCAUGGAUCCGGAUAUCGCACACUCCUCGGAUCUCACAGCCGCAGAUUCUCCGAUCGCAGUGGAGACGCUUCCUGUAGGCAUCGAGGACACAGGAAGUGUGUUGGAAUGCUCUGAGACCGAGUCCGCUGUAAUUGCUACAUCUGCAGCGGAGCCCAUGGAGGCGGAGCCUCUCGGGUCACAGGAAGUGACAUCAGAGAUUGGUGAUGAGCAGAUGGAUGAGAGAGAGACACAAAUGCGUACAGCAGACGCAGCUGAAUCUACGCAGACUCUCACUGCAGACGCAGCUGAAUCUACACCUGCGACCAAUGCAGACGCAGCUCAGCCCACGCAGACCCUCACAGCAGAUGCUACAGAGUUUGUGCAGCCUCUCACUGUAGACUCAGAUGAGUCAACUCAGACCUUCACUGCAGACACAGCUGAAUCCAUGCAGACCUUCACUACAGAUGCUGCCGAGACAGUGCAGACCCUUACUGCAGACAUGACUGAGUCACCUGCGCAGACCAUCACUGAAGAUGCAGCUGAACCCACGCCAGCGGUCAUUCCAGACGCAGCCGAUCCUGCGCAGACCCUCACAAAACAGACUGAAACUGAUGAGCCUGUGCAGACCCUCACCACAGACACAGCUGAGACUGCGCAAACCCUCUCCACAGAUGCAGCUGAGUCUGCGCAGACUCUCACUGUAGACGUAAAGGACAUGGAUACAAAUGAGUCUCUGCAAACCCUCACAGCAGACACAGCUGAGCCUUCGCAGACCCUCACUGCAGACACAGCUGAGCCUGUGCAGACCCUCACCACAGAUACAGCAGAGUCUGCACAGACCCUCACCACAGAUACAGCAGUGCCUGCGCAGACCCUCACUGCAGACGUAAAGGACACGGAUACAGCUGACUCUGCGCAGACCCUUACCACAGACGCAGCUGAGCCUGUGCAGACCCUCACUGCAGAUACAGAUGAGUCUGCACAGACCCUCACCACAGAUACAGCAGACCCUGCGCAGACCCACUCUGCAGAUACAGAUGAGUCUGCGCAGACCCUCACCACAGAUACAGCAGAGCCUGCGCAGACCCUCACCACAGAUACAGCAGCGCCUGCGCAGACUCUCACUGCAGAUACAGAUGAGUCUGCGCAGACCCUCACCACAGAUAUAGCAGACCCUGCGCAGACCCACUCUGCAGAUACAGAUGAGUCUGUGCAGACCCUCACCACAGAUACAGCAGAGCCUGCGCAGACCCUUACCGCAGAUACAGAUGAGUCUGCGCAGACCCUCACAGCAGACACAGCUGAGACUGCGCAAACCCUCACCACAGAUGCAGCUGAGUCUGCGCAGACUCUCACUGUAGACGUAAAGAACAUGCAUACAGAUGAGUCUGUGCAGACCCUCACCACAGAUACAGCAGAGCCUGCGCAGACCCUCUCUGCAGAUACAGCUGAGUCUGCGCAGACCCUCUGCUCAGAUACAGUGGAGCCUGCGCAGACGGACUCUACAGACACAGGCGCUGCAUCUAUCUCAGACGAGCAGGAACAGAAGUCAUCAGAUGCCUCUGAGACGGUGGAGCAGACGGAGAGCGGCGCGCGGAGAGGACGAGCAUCCGCUCAGAGGACAGCAGAUCAAACCAGAACUGAUACUGAAAAAGAGCAAACAGCUACUAAAAAGUGUGAGGAUGAAGAGGAGGAGAGGUCGAGCAGGACUCCACGCAGAGGAAGAUCCUCCAGAGCAUCUGAUGCUCCACAGAGAGAAGCAUGCUCUGCUUCACAGCCGAAGGAGGUGGAGCCAGCCGUGGAGGAGGAGCCAAAAGAGUGUGAGGAUGAAGAGGAGGAGAGGUCGAGCAGGACUCCACGCAGAGGAAGAUCCUCCAGAGCAUCUGAUGCUCCACAGAGAGAAGCACGCUCUGCUUCACAGCCGAAGGAGGUGGAGCCAGCCGUGGAGGAGGAGCCAAAAGAGCAGAACCGCAGGAGUCUCCGCUCCACAGCUCAGACCAGAGACACUCCUGCAGUGAAACCUGCACUGAAACGGAAGAGAUCAGACGAUCUUCCUGCUUCUGCUCCAGACUCGACAGUAGAGAUGAAGGAAGAACCAGAUCAAUCUGCUAAACAGAGAAAAGAUGAAGCGAGUCCGUCUGAAGAUCAGGACACCAUCAAAGCGAGUGAUGAAGAGGAGGAGAGGAAGGAUGAGGAAGAUGUGACAGAGGACCGGCAGCAAAAACCUGCCCGCCGCGGACGACCCUCCAAAACAUCCUCUGCCACAGACGACUCGGAUACAGGAGCAUCAGAGAAAAGAGACGGAGAAAAAGAGGAUGAUGAAGAAGAGACCCAAAGCAGAGCGACGACGCGCGCCGCGUCUCGUCUGGAGGCAGAGAAGAAUAAACCCAGCAAACCGUCCACUCGAGCUGUCAGUAAACUCAGCGGGAAAGAGGAAAGCUCCCCAAGCACACGAUCGGCGAGGGGACGCAAGCGUGACUCCAGUCCUGCUCUUCCUCGCACACGUGGAGGACAGAAAUCUGACGAGCCGCCUUCAAAAAGAGCCAAACGAUGAUGAGUCUCUGCUUGAUCUCCUCGAGUUCAUCGUUAGCAGUAGUUUUUAGGUCAGAGUGUUGGGAAAUGAAUCUGAAUCAGAGCAGCUGAGAAUCAACAUGAUGGAGAUCUGCAGGCGAAUGAAGACUGAUGAAGAAGAGCUGCUGUGUGUGUAAACUCAUCCCAGUGUUGACUGAGAAACUGUGUGUGUGUGUGUGUGUGUGUGUGUGUCAGAGAUGCUCAUUCGGUGGAUGUCAGUAUUUUUCAUUUUAUAUUUUUACCUUUUUAUUAUAAACCCCAAUAUUGCUCUGAUCCAAUCUGAGGUGUUUUUUUUAUAUUUUGUUUUGUGCAAGUCUUUUUAUUUUAUGGUUCAGUUAUUACCUUCAUUGUUAAAAUGGAUAUAAAUCACCAGUAUAUGAGAAGUCUGUAAGGUUUUUGGCAUUUAGUUGAAGGUUCUGGUGCCAGGCUUGGUUUACCAGAGGAACCUUAAGAGAACGAACCUGAUAAUCCAGAUGGAUUUA